GAUAUUUAAUUUUUAUAAGUAAAAUUGCAUACAUUAAAAUUCUUCAUACCUAGACGAUUACAUGAUGAUACUACUCGUGUCUAUAAAACUCAGUAUAUUAUAUCUAUUAACUUCUAAAGUUUUAAGUCAAUCUUUGAGACAAAAUGAAAAUGAGUCUCUGAUUGUCAAAUUCGAAGAUGCUUCAUCUAAAAUCAACACCAAGAAUUACGUGUUUCCUCCAUCUCAACCAGCAGAUUUAUUUUAUAAAGCCUUUACAAAUUUAACAUUAGAUCAAACUAAUAGUUCACUAUGUCGCAUUCAAUCAGAUCUAUAUAUUAGACACUUGAAGAAUAAUUCCCUUUGGGCUGUUAAAAUGUCCGAUUCCUGGUAUAAAUAUUCUAGUGGUAUGUUUAGUGGAAGUCUUUAUCAAAUGGGUGUUUAUGACGAAUGUAUUGAUAUUCAGUAUCCACUUCAAGGUCAAUAUUGUAUUGCAAACAUCAAAUUAUCCUCUGCAUUAACAAAUGAAAACUAUUCAUUGAAAGCAUUCGAAAAUUUACAAGACUGGGAUAAUGCUUGGAAUAAAAUCUUUGGGUGGAUCGAUUACAAAGAUCAAUUACCCAGGAACCUGGUGAAAUUUGGAAUGUGCAUACCUGCUUCUUGUUCAGCUGCUGAUCUAGAGAAAUCAUUACAAAUAAAAUUAGAUGAAAUAUUUCUUCCUGAACAAGUAAAAACUGCAGCUACAGUCAAUCCAUUACUAUGCUCCAUUAAGGAUGACAUGUACCCUUUCACAAAUGGCUACUACGUUACCUGUGCAGUUUUUUGUUUUAUGUUUCUUAUUUGCUGUUGCGCUACAUUUUACCACUACAAGAAUAUAUUUAAAUUGGAAGGCACAGAAAGAAUUGAAAAUGACGGUAUUUACCUAGCAUUCUCCAUUAUAAAAAAUGGCAAGAACCUUUUAGCUUACAAUAAAAAUAAUGAGUUGAACUUUAUUAAUGGAUUGAAAGUUUUACUUAUGGCAGUCAUAUUACUUGCCCAUCGAUUAUUUCAUUUGGUCGGCCUUCCUUUAAACUACCCUGAAAUUUUUGAAUCAAUUUAUGUUGCUGGUUUUCCAAGUUUAUUAACUGGACAGAACAUAAUUGAUCCAUUUUUUUUUAUGACUGGAUUCUUAACAUAUAUAGUACUAUAUCCAGUAUUCACAAGUAAAGCACCAUUGUGGAAAAAGAUAAUAAUGCCAUUAAUUUACAGAGUCGUGAGAAUGUUACCAUCAUAUAUUGCUGUAAUGGCAUUUACUGCACAAAUAUUACCUCAUUUUGGAAAUGGACCAUUCUGGAAGCAAAAAACAUGGUACGAAGCAGAUAUUUGUAGAGAUAAUUGGUGGACUAAUAUAUUAUUUAUUAGCAACUUUAUCGAUGUUAAAUAUCAGUGUCUCAUCACAAGUUGGUAUAUUUCAUGUGAUUUACAAUAUUAUAUGAUUUGUAUAAUACUUGGAUAUACUUACACCAAGAGUAAAAAAUUUGGCCUUGCAGUACUUGGAUUUUUUUUGGUUGUAUCAUUAGGUUUACCAUUUUAUAUAACUUACACGCAAAAUUUAAAUGGUCUUCUUAAAAUAGAUGUUCCAUUUUUGUCAAAUCCUAGAAGUUCAGUUUUAUACAAUAAAAUUUAUACACCGGUUUAUUUUAGAGCUAUUCCAUUUUUAACCGGUUUAGCCACGUCAUUUCUUUUAGAAAAGUUGAAGGAAACCAAAUUUAAAAUGUCCUAUACAUUAGUUUACAUUGGAACUUUAGUUGUUACGACAGUUUCUAUGUUAGCCCAAUUUUAUGGAGUGAAAUUCUACGAAAGGAACAGGCCAUACAGUGCGAUAGAAAAUGCUUUGUAUGCUAGCAUCUUCCAUUGCACGUGGCCUUUAAUUUUAUCUUGGAUUAUCAUUUCUCAAUUAACUACGGGAUAUGGUCCAUUAAUAAAAUUACUUAGUAAUCGCUUUGUUGUACCACUGGGCAGGCUUUCAUACUGCGUAUACCUGGUAAAUUUAAUUGUUAUGAUUAUUUCGACAGGAUCAGAAAGGACAGUUACGCACAGCUCUUUCAACAAUUUGAUAAAUGCUUGGAUAUACGAUUCUAUUAAAAGUUAUUUGUUUGCCGCUAUUUUGUAUUUGAUUAUCGAUGAGCCAUUUUCACACUUCAUAAGAAUUGCGUUUGGAAGACAGAAAAAGCCAGUAGCAUUAAAAAUAGAUGGCACGCAAAAUGAAAAUUUACCAUUGAAUUGAACUUCAGACAUUACAUCAACCAAACUAGAUUGACAUUGAAUAGCUCAUUAAAUUAAAUAUGCAUAAGAUAACUUUUAACAUGAAAAUGAUGUUGUAUUUAAUAAUAUAGCUUGAAAUAUUAAAAACACUAUCAAAUUGAUUUUUAUGUUUAAUAAUGAUUGUAGCUUCGAUGCAAAGCUGUAAAGGUAUUAAUUUUACUAUGGUGUGUUUUUUUUUGUCUACUACCACUUUUUCUCAGCUCUUACCGAACCGAUAUUUUUUAACAAUACGUCAAAAGAUCAUAAAUUGUAUCUAAUCAAAGACAUUACUUUUAAAAAUUGAAAACAUUUUCCUCGUUCCCCGUAAAUGGGGGAAAUUUCCAAAAAAAUUACAAAUUUUAAAAACCCUAAUUUUUGAUUUUUUUUACUUAAAUCUGCCAUAACUAUUUUAAAACUGACCAAACAAACAUAAUUUUUUUUUAUAUAUAUACAAAAGAUAUUUACCUAUCAUUCUAUAUAUUUUUUUUAUAAAUCUGACACUUUACCUGUCUAUUGGAGGGGAUUCAAAAAGACAUCUUUUUGACAAAAAAUUAACUUUUUCAACUUAACUAUUGAAAGUAUUCCGGAAAUACUAAUACUUUUAUAUACAUCUUAAAUUAAAGUUUAUAUAAUAUACUUUAAUAUGAAAAAAAAAUGUUCGGACUUUAUUUUGUUUACAUGGUUAAAACUGACAUCAAAGUUAAUAAAAAAAAUACGAUUUUUGUAAAAAAUUAUUUUUUAUAUUUUAAACUUUAUAAUGAAAUGUUCACUACUUUUCCAUUCUAUUUUUCCUACUAACCGAUUUUUUCAUCAAAUUUUUUUUUUCACAAUUAUUUUUUGUUCCAAUGGUUGCCAUAAUAAUUUUAGUUCAUUUGUUAAUAUUUUUUUUUCAAUAUUUAAAUUCAAUUAGAACCUCAAAUUGUGUAGUUGCUAAAUUUUUUGUAAUCAGUAGUUGUAAAAUUCGAAGUUAAUUAAAAUCUUUAGUAAAAAUAGUCAUGGAACUAAUAUAUAGAGUUACGAAACAUCCCUUUCUACACAAUGAUGGGUUUUUGUAUACGAGAUCUACUGAAAAGAAUGGUAGAGUUUUUUGGAAGUUUCGGAAAUAACCGGAAUGUUGAUCCCGUGUUGUCACUCGUUCAUGUUCGCAACUUAUAAUAAAAUAAAAUAAAUAUCGAAUUUUUUUACAAAAAUAGUUAUGUCAAAUAAUAAGAAAUUCAUCAAAAACAUCCUAAUAAGUAGGUAAAUGAAUUAAUUUUUGUUAGUGCCUGUUAAGUUUUAUUAAAUUCGAUCACUGUCUAUGACUUGACUAUUUCAAAACUAUUCCAAAAGCAACAUAAUCUCCUAUUUCUUUAUUUAUAUCCUGAUUACAAGUUUUAUGAUUUAUUAUAAUAAUAAAAUAUAGUAUGAAAUUGAUAUUUAAUAACUUAGUAUUGUAAUUAUUACGGAGAAAUUAUAAAAAAUGAUUAACUAGUUAUUACUUAUAUAUCAAACGUAUAUAAAAGUAAAAGGUCUUAAUGUAAUACUUUUAGCUUCGAUGCGAAGCUGAGAAGGUAUUGGUUUUACUAAGUGUUAAAAAAGUAAUAGCAUUAUAAAGUUAAAAAUUCAGAAUUUUAACACAAAAAUAGCAUACAAUGGCCAUUUUCAUCGUGAAGACAAUAUAAAGUCCGAAAUUUUUUUUUUUCAUAAUACAGUAUAUUACAUAAGUUUUAAUUUAAUAUAUAUAUAUAUAUAUAUAAGUGUCAAUAUUUCCGGAACACUUUCAAAAAUUAAAUAAAAAGUUGUCAUUUUAAAUUGGUAGGUAAAGGAUCAGAUUAAAAAAAAAAAUGACCAAAUGAUAGGUUAAUAUGUAAUAUAUCUAUUAAAAAAUUGUAUUGUUCAAUACAUUUUUCAAAAAAUUAAGUUUUAAAUUAAAAAAAUGUAGAAAAUAAGUGAUUUUUUAAUUUUUAAGAUUUUUAGAGAUUUCCCCCAUUAAUGGGGAACGAGGAAAACUUUUUCAUUUUUUGAGGGUAAUAUCUUCGACUAGAUACAAUUUGUGAUCUUUUGACGUAUUGUUAAAAGAUAUCAGUUCGGUGAGAGCUGUGAAAAAAUGGUAACAGGCACAAAAAAACAUAUUAUAGUAAAUUUAAUACCAACUCAGCUUCUCAUCGAAGCUAAUAUACUUUAUUACUUUCUAUUAUUAAUCAUUUAUAAAAGUAAGAUAGUAAUUAUUAUUUAUACCAAUAAUUUAUUU